AUGGUCCGAGAAAAUUAUGGCAUUAAAUAUAUUUUGCACUUGUUGGACGAUUUUAUUGCAUUCUAUCCUCCGGAUGAUGCUGAUCCUAACAAGGUUUUGUUAAAAUUAGUCUUUAAAAAGUUGAGCGUACCUUUGUCACCUACAAAAACUGUUGGGCCUACAUUAGUGCCGGAACACUUAGGCAUUGUAAUUGAUAGUCAGUUGAUGAUUGCUCGUCUUCCCGAGGAUAAGCAUGUUAGAGUUUUACAAACGGUUUCAAAAUACUUGAACAAGAAGCGCUGCAGUAAGCAUGACUUAUUGAGUGUUAUUGGUUAUCUUGGACAUGCGUCUCGUGUUAUUCCAGCUGGUAGAAGUUUUAUCUCAUAUCUUAUUAGUUUAUCAUGUACAGUUGGUCCCUUACAUUAUGCGGUGUCACUUUCCAAAGCAUGUAGACUUGAUCUUUCCUUGUGGCAUUAUUUCCUGAGAUCUUGGAAUGGUGUGUCAACGUUCUUCGAUCCCAAAGUUGUUAAAGCCUGUGACAUGGAACUAUUCACGCAUGCCUCUGCAUCAACUGGUUUUGGUGGAUAUUGA